GAUACCCAAGUUACGUAGUCGGGAAUCAGUUCCAUCCUCAAUCUCCAUCUCCAUCUCCAUCUCUCGUAUCGAGUAACGCGUCCAUCCUUUUGUGAUUCUGCUUCUGGCCUCCCUACUUGCAUCUUUAGCUCCUCAUUUCCUUUACGUUUCUUUUUCUUCUCGCUUUCUCCUCCUCCAGAUGGUCCACGUGGUCGUCCCCCUCUAGCGAUCCCCCUGCCGCCAGCAUCAUGCACCAGCAACAGCAGCAGCGACAGCUGCACCACGCGCGCAUCGUCGCCAGCGUCGCCGCAACACUCAUUGCGUUGGCCUGUGGCACGAAUUAUGUCUACUCGGCAUGGGCACCGCAGUUCGCCGAACGACUCCGCCUCUCGUCGACUGAGAGCAACCUCAUCGGCCUCUCUGGCAACCUAGGCCAGUACACCAUGGGCGUCCCUAUUGGCAUCAUGGUCGACCGGCGCGGUCCCCGACUGGCCGUCCUCGGAGGCGCCAUCCUGCUGGCUGCCGGAUACUUCCCCCUCCACCAAGCCUACGACAAAGCCUCCGGCUCCGUGCCGCUGUUAUGCUUCUUCUCAUAUCUGACUGGCAUGGGCGGCUGCAUGGCGUUUGCUGCUUCUAUCAAAACGUCUGCGUUGAACUGGCCCCAACGCCGUGGUACCGCCACGGCCUUUCCUCUCGCCGCCUUCGGCCUGAGUGCCUUCUUCUUCUCCCUCGUCGGGUCCCUCCUCUUCCCUGGUGAUCCCAGUGCCUUCCUCAUGCUACUAACCUGGGGUACUUGCGGCAUUACCUUCGGUGGAUUCUUCUUCCUCAAGGUCCACCCUCACUCCAAUUAUCAAACCGUCCCAGCGGCAGAUCACCAACAACACACUCGCCAGGACUCCUCUGACGAGCCCAAGACCUACCGCGCUGCCAAUGCGGUGGUUGAACCUGGUAUGUUAUCUAAUUCCAACACAGAGAGUAGCACCAGCUCCACCUCCUCACCCUCGCCCGCUUUCGCAUCCACCUCCGCUUCAGCCUCCGCCUCCGCCUCUGACUGCCCCCUGGAUCCAACGGCCGUUCCUCGAAUCCCAUCCGAGCCUGAUAGUGGCCGUGUGGUCACUGCUGAGAACCCCGAGGACCCCGAGGCGGGUGAGACGUCAUCCUUGAUGUCCCGCCCGACGUCACAGGCCGGCGAUGAUGACCCACUCGUAGGGAACCAUAUUGAUUUUGAUCGAUCUCACCGAGUAGACAUUCGAGGUUUCACCUUGCUGGGAACCCUGGGCUUCUGGCAACUCUUCGCCAUUAUGGGAAUCUUGGCUGGUGUCGGAAUCAUGACAAUCAAUAACAUCGGUAACGACGUGAAGGCGUUGUGGAUGCACUACGAUAAAUCCGUCACCAACGAUUUCCUCAUUCAACGCCAGCAGAUGCAUGUGUCGACCCUCUCCAUAUGUAGUUUCCUCGGUAGACUAUCUAGCGGAGUUGGUUCCGAUUUUUUGGUCAAACGUCUGCAUGCCAGCCGGCUCUGGUGUCUGGUUGUCGCCUGCGUCGUCUUCUUGCUCGCUCAACUUUGUGCUCUAAACAUUGCCGACCCUCACUGGCUUGUAAUUGUCUCCAGCUUGUCCGGUAUAGGCUACGGCUUCCUCUUCGGUGUCUACCCGUCGAUUGUUGCCGAGACAUUCGGCAUCAACGGGCUCAGCCAGAACUGGGGAUUCAUGACACUUUCCCCUGUCAUCACGUCUAAUAUUUUCAAUAUCUUCUACGGCAAGAUUUACGACCAGCACAGCGUGGUCCAGCCAAACGGUGAGCGAUCUUGUCUUGAUGGCCUGGAAUGUUAUCGUUCGGCAUACGACGCCACCCUGUUCGCCUGUGCUGGUGGACUGGUCAUCACUUUGUGGGUCAUUCGCCACCAACACAAUCAACUCCUCCACGAGAAUAGCAAAGGCGAAGAGGAGGAUUAAUCGGUACAAUAGCGAGUAUGGAGAUUUAGAGGGGGUGGGGUGAUUUGGCAUCAAUUUCAUGCACUGCCGGCGUAUGGUGUAUAAGAUAUGGCUUGGGUAUGGUCAUUUGGUCACUUAUGGAAAGUGUAGACUGGUGGAGAACGUGGGCGCCAUUAGAUGAGGACGGGAGCGGUUGCAACAAUAUCAGAGUAUCUUAGCCAAGUUUCUUUGAGUUUAUG